CUGCGACACCUAGACCACCGCCAGAAUGCGACUGCCAUAUCGAAAUAAGAAGGUCACCCUGUGGGUGCUCUUCGGCAUCAUCGUCAUCACCAUGUUCCUAUUCAAAUUCACCGAACUGCGGCCCACAUGCCUCUUCAAGGUGGACGCCACCAACGAGCUCGCCUCCCAAAUGGUUCGCGUUGAGAAAUACCUCACAGAUGACAAUCAACGCGUUUAUUCAUACAACCGUGAGAUGCCAUUAAUAUUCAUAGGCGGCGUGCCGAGAUCUGGGACGACUUUGAUGCGCGCCAUGCUGGAUGCCCAUCCCGAUGUGCGCUGCGGGCAGGAAACCCGUGUCAUUCCGCGCAUCCUGCAGCUGCGCUCGCACUGGCUGAAGUCCGAGAAGGAGUCGCUUCGCCUGCAGGAGGCCGGCAUCACCAAAGAGGUCAUGAACAGUGCCAUCGCGCAGUUCUGUCUGGAAAUCAUCGCCAAACACGGCGAGCCGGCGCCGCGCUUAUGCAACAAGGAUCCGCUGACGCUGAAAAUGGGCUCCUAUGUCAUCGAGCUAUUUCCGAACGCUAAAUUCCUAUUCAUGGUGCGCGACGGCCGGGCGACAGUUCACUCGAUUAUAUCGCGCAAGGUGACAAUCACCGGGUUCGAUUUGAGCAGCUACCGGCAGUGCAUGCAGAAGUGGAACCACGCCAUCGAGGUGAUGCACGAGCAGUGCCGGGACAUCGGCAAGGACCGCUGCAUGAUGGUGUACUAUGAGCAGCUGGUCCUGCAUCCCGAGGAGUGGAUGCGAAAGAUACUGAAAUUCCUGGACGUGCCAUGGAACGAUGCGGUGCUGCACCACGAGGAGUUCAUAAACAAGCCGAACGGAGUGCCUCUGUCCAAAGUGGAGCGUUCGUCGGACCAGGUUAUCAAGCCGGUUAAUCUGGAGGCGAUGUCCAAAUGGGUUGGCCAAAUACCCGGCGACGUGGUGCGCGACAUGGCCGACAUAGCGCCCAUGCUGUCCGUGCUCGGCUACGAUCCGUACGCGAAUCCGCCGGACUAUGGUAAGCCAGAUGCAUGGGUGCAGGACAACACGUCGAAGUUAAAGGCCAAUCGAAUGCUGUGGGAGAGUAAGGCGAAGCAAGUGCUGCAGAUGUCAUCCAGCGAGGAUGACAACACGAACACCAUCAUCAACAAUAGCAACAAUAAGGAUAACAACAAUAAUCAGUACACAAUCAAUAAAAUUAUACCAGAACAACACAGCAGACAGCGGCAACAUGUACAGCAGCAACAUCUGCAACAGCAGCAGCAUCUGCAACAGCAGCAAUAUCAGCGGCAGCAGCAACAGCAGCAGCAUCAGCAGCAACAACGUGAGGAGGAGAGCGAGUCGGAAAGGGAAGCGGAACCGGAUCGAGAACAACAAUUGUUGCAUCAAAAGCCAAAGGAUGUCAUUACGAUAAAGCAGCUGCCAUUAGCUGCUAGCAACAAUAACAACAUCAACAGCAACAGCAACAACAUCAUGGAGGACCCCAUGGCGGAUACAUGAUAUCCGCACAUACCCAUAAGACUGCCGCGUGGCAAGCAUUGAACCUGGCUAACUCUCUUGGCUGCCGAUAAGGACAACGAUAAUGAUAACUGUUGCUGCUGCUGUUGCAAGAAACCAAUUUUAAAUUGUAUUAGCCGAGACCUUUACAUGCUUGAUACACAUAUGUAUUUGCAUAUAAUGUACGUGUAUUAAUGCUUCGUGAAGUUACCAAAAAAAAAAAGAAAAAAAAAACAAGCAGAAAAGCAAACAAUUAAGAAACAACAGGAUAAGUAGUUACACUUUAAAGAACGUUUCGUGACGAAAAGACUUAAAGUUGCAGGGAGAAAUGCCAAUUUAACAGCCAACCUCGCCCUGCGCCCUUUAAUUCGUAGUAAUUUAAUUUAUGCCUUAAUUAAUAUCUCAUAACUGGAUUUACCUUAAUGCGGGCUGGGCGUUGAAUUAUUAAAUUUAUUGUGCAAUGAAUUGCUUCAUUUGGUCCAUUGAAAUGGUCAGUACAAUUACUAUUAGCUUGAUUACCAGCUAAUCGUGUUCAACUGAUAAGCUACUUAAUUUAAUGAAAAAUUGCAUUCAUAUAAUUUAGUUCGAACUUUUGAUUAAAUGCGAUUUUUGAAAUAAUUUAAAGGCGACUAAAAUAUGAUAGUCUUUUGUUUAAUCGUACGGUUGGCAUUUACCCCUUCCCACGUCGUCUUACAGUCAAGAAACGCACUGUAUGCCUAAAUAUUAUUAAAUGUGUUGCAAGAUAAAAUGAUAACCACCAAAAGAAGCUGAAGAAAAAACGAGGAGUUUUUGCAAUGAAGAAGAUGCAGGAAAUCCAUUGCAUACUCUCACCGACCUCUUUUACAAUAUGAAAAGAUAACAAAACAUUUUAAUUUAGUUUAGAACUCUUUUUAAGCCUUUUUUGUACGAAUGUUUUUUGAGAGACUCGUGUCGGUUUAUCACUUAGAACGCCUUUUUUUUGUAUCUGUAAUUGUGUACAUAAAAUAUAAAUAUCUGAAUUAUGUUUCCCACUAAUCGAAUGAAUCUCUACCUGAAAUUCGUCUAUGGGCUCGCGGAAUCUUUAUAGGUUUUUAUAAGGAAUACAUUACAAUAUAACAUUAAGCACUGUUUAUAGUUUGCAAACGGUAGGACAAAGCAAAACGAAGUGUUUAGAAGUGUUAAAUUUUUAACGAAAAGAGCUUUUAAGGUGUUUAGUUUAAUAACUGUAAUCGUAUAUUAAAAUAUUUGCUGCUGUUGACAAAGAAAAAAAGACGUGAACUAGUAUAGAAAUAUUACAAUUUUGUAAACUUUUUUUUGUGUUGCAAUAAAUUGACUGAAUGUAAAGAAAACCAAUUUAAUAAAACCAUAUAUAUAUAUAUAUAUAUAUAUCUAUAAAUGUA